AUGUCGGUUCCCUCUACCUCUGCCUCCUUUCACAUGUCGACUUCCUACGAGACCUCGUCUCAGUCCCCGUCGCGAUCCCCUCAUACCCCUUCCCUAAGUCUGAGCCCGUCGGGCAUCUACCAGACCACCCGCACUUCUCAUAUCCCUCUUCUUGAACCUCCAUCCUAUCUCUCCUCAGCAGUGCGCGCGCUCAAGCAAGGUUCAUUUGGACUGACCCCUCCCAGCAAUGCGCGGACGCGAGCCCCAUUUAAGCCCCGCUCUGCGGCCAAGGGCACCAGUAGUUACCAACUCAGACAAUUUGCCGAGGCCACUUUGGGAAGUGGCAGUCUGCGCAAGGCUGUCAAGCUUCCCGAGGGCGAAGAUCUGAACGAAUGGCUUGCAGUGAACAUUGUCGACUUUUACAACCAGAUCAACCUCCUCUAUGGAUCCAUUACUGAGUUCUGCUCGCCGCAGACAUGUCCCGAAAUGAAGGCGACCGAUGAAUUUGAAUACCUCUGGCAAGACUCGGAGAACUUUAAGCGUCCGACCAAGAUGUCCGCACCAGAAUAUAUCGAGCAUUUGAUGAGUUGGGUACAGGGUAACAUUGAUAAUGAGCAGAUGUUUCCCAGCCGAAUCGGUGUUCCAUUCCCCAAGACCUUCCCCAGUCUCAUUCGCCAAGUCUUCAAGCGCUUAUACCGUGUUUACGCACAUGUUUACUGCCACCACUACCCGGUAGUCGUGCACCUCGGUCUUGAGCCUCACCUCAACACUAGUUUUAAACACUAUGUCCUGUUUAUCGAUGAGCAUAAGCUCGCGAGUGGGAAAGACUACUGGGGGCCUCUAGGUGAUCUGGUGGACAGUCGUGUCGGGUCCCAGGAGGAGAAUGGACAAUGGGGAUUUGCUGCUGUUAUUAAACAUAGCUAUUGCAAAACAAUUGACGCGACAUAUGCCGUUCCGAUGUUUACCGUGACCGGAAAGCUGAAAGCGCAAGCCUUAGACGCAAGCACUCCGACCGUCGCUAGCAUCUCCCUCCAUCUCAACUCCCACGGUCUCCUUCCCUCUCUCGAGGAUAUUAUCCUGCUCAAUUCCACGAUGAUGUCCGCUCGCGUCGCCCGCACCGGCCUCCGUGCCGCCCAGCAGUUCUCCGUCGCCCGCCCGGCCUUCAACGGUCUGCGCACCCUAUGCCACCCCCGGCCCAGGAAGUCCGCCCCCCGGUCGCCCUUUUCGGCGUUGACGUACCAAGCCUCCACCAAGUCCUCUGCUCUCGACCAGACCGCCAAGGCCAUCGCCAGCCUCGGCGAGACCCUGAAGGCCGACCCCAAGCUGAACACCAUCCUCGGCGCUCCUACCCUGACCGUCUCCGACAAGAAGCAGAUCAUUGAGGAGCUCCAGAAGGUCGCUGGUGCCGACAAGGCCGACAUCCUCAAGAACUUCCUUCUCACUCUUGCUGAGAACAACCGUCUCGGCUCCCUCGAGGGUGUCUGCGAGAAGUUCGCUACCCUGAUGAGCGCUCACCGCGGUGAGAUCGAGCUGAACAUCACCUCCGCCCAGGAGCUCGACACCAAGACCAUCAACCGCCUCGAGAAGGCCGGCAAGAAGCUCAAGGUUGUCACCAAGGUCAACCCCGACCUUGUCGGUGGUCUCGUUGUCGAGAUCGGUGACCGCACCGUCGACCUCAGCGUCUCCUCCAAGAUCGCCAAGAUGAACAAGGCUCUUACUGAUGCUUUGUAA